AAAGAUCGACGCGCAAAGUUGCGCCCACACAUAAGUUGGAUCCACUAAAGGGGAAAGUCGCGACUGUUCUGCUCUUCGUUAUCGUGCAAAGGCCGACCAUAUCGACCUGUUUUACAUAGCCAUAAAUCACACAAAAAAAUCAGAGAGAAUGAUCAAGACGAAACUUUUGCUGCUGUGGGCGCUAUCGGAGUUUCUCAUGGGCAUCGAGGCGCAAAUAGCCUUCGUGGAGGAUGCGGACACUGAUAAGAAGAAAGUUAACUUGGCGGGUCGCAAGCCGCUCUAUUCGCCGGCGCGUUGCCCGCGGUACCAGCUUCUAUAUCCAGGGGAUCAGCCGCUCGAUUGGGUCUGUGACUGUGCGCCAGCCACGCUCUACUACCCAGAGACGGACGCCUGCUAUCCCGCCUACAGGCAGGGCCCGUGCGAGCAGGGCCAAAUGCUGGUCCUGUACAAGGAGAAGAUCAUACCCGAGUGCGUGAAGAAUCCCUGCGACACGGACGGCCACUUUAUGAUACGCGACACCUGCUACGAGUUCGGCAACACCAAGCACGAGGGCAAUCCCUGCCCCUUCAAGGAGUACACCUAUGUGCUGGGCGUCAACCCAAUCAAUCUGAUGGUCGACUGCGUGAAGCUGUCGGUGCAGCUGGAGACGCGCAUUUCGCUGGACGAAGCCGUUGCACCACCGGACUACCACAUUGAUCUGGCCGAGAAGUGCUCCCGCGGCAGCCGACUGCUCGUCCAGGGAAAAUGCUCAUAGGAAGUGGAGACGAGACGAGCAGAGACAAAUCGAAUCAAAUUCAAAGAGAUUUUAACUUUAAUCAUAACAAUAAUAAUUCCUUAUGUACAA